CACAAACGCACACCGAUAAGAACCGGGAGCAGCAGGAGAAGCUACCAAAAGUAGAGCAAGAACCUGCCUAUUUUUCCGCAACCGCGCACACGACAAGUUUUUCGGAAAGGAGGAAAAUGUGGCAAGAGAAAACGAGAAAAUUUCGGUGCACAGCGGAAGUGGUGCGGAAUAGGACGGAGAGAAUGGAGGAUUUUCGUCUUCAAGACGGUAAUAAAGUUUUUGAUGCGAAAAACAACCACUUCUUCCGCAUUUUCCUGCAAACUUCUAUCACGGACCCUUUUGAGCUGAACGACUUCUACACGAAACACGUCGGCGGGUCCGCCCGGAAGCUGCUCGAAGCUUCCUAUCCUAAGGAAAAACGUCCUCACCCCAGAGUUGUCAUGCAGAUUUGCAAUAGCAAGGACAUUUGUGAUGCGCAUACCCAUAGUAGACAUUUCCAAUCGUGUUUUGGAAUUUAUGAUGCUGUGAACAGGAUGGGCAGAUGGAUCUGUGAUGCGGCUGCACUUGCUAACCUGCAUUACACUACGGAGUGCAACUUGUCACGCGUGACUCCCAAAACUCCUAGGCUUGUGUUGUAAAAUCCCCAUCUUGACUAUGGGGUGGGGACGUUUUUACACAGGAUACUUCCCUCGGCCGCAUUAUGUACGGCUGGAAGCCCGACCUAUGGAUUGCAAAGAUGUCUGGGUCUGGAAAAAUACAAACUUGCGAUGCGCAUUUCAGAACACAGAAAAAUCUCUCAUUCAUAGGUAGCAAAAGCUGCCCACUUUCUGUCACCAAAAUGAGGAUUUGUGAUGCGGAUUCGGCAUUCCGGAAGCUUCUCGAUGAAACCUGUGAUGCUAGAGCUUCCAUGCCAGACCUUCUGUGUCAUGCAAAAACAGCAUGACUCUUGCAGACCCAGACAUUUUUGCAUUUGAUACGACCCAUCCAAGGUCAAAAUCUACCCGAUCGGCGGGCCUCGCGGGCACAUGUCCAUCCUCGGCGGAUUACCGAUCCCGAGCCUGCGGUUUGCGAACAUCGUGCUGCGGCAGGUUUUGCGGAAGAAAACUUUUGGAUUGGGCUCCAGUAUAUCAACUGCAAAUAUGUCUGGGUCUGGGAGAUUGCCACGAUAUUAGCCAUGCUAAUCUGGUAUGACUCUGCACUCUGUAUUGCGUGGCCGCGAAGAGCUCCUCUUGCCUGUCAUGCAAAAACGCAGUUUCUCAUGCGGAGUACGCAACUCAGAACCACGGAAAAACUUGUCAUGCUGGGAAGCGCAUCACACAGUGCUCACUCUUCCCUGUCUUGCGUCACAAGUUUCCAGACCCAGGCAGACAUAUUUGCAAUGCAUACAGUACGCCCUACGGGGUAAAUUGGGACGACGGGAGCGCGAUUCUGCAAUUAAAUCCGAAGUUGGGCAAUGUGCUAGUGGAGGAGAAAAGCAGCCCCCUGGGACAGCAAGAGGAGGAAGAAAGCGAGGCUCUUGAUGACGCGUCGGGAAUAAGUAGUAGCGAUCAGGCUAGUUCCUCGCGUCUCUACAAGCCGGCUGAUUACGACUGGUAUUUCGACGACGUAGUUCUUGACAACAAGGAUAGUAGCGAUAGUAGAACAAACACCGUCGUUGGUACAACUACUAUUGGAACAAACGAUAGAAGGAACACAAGGAAAACGAUUUUAGAAAAGGUUGUGGAAAGGAUCAACUUGGAACAAAUGGCCUCCACGACUGGAAGUGGCAGCACGGGGCCAGGAGUGCAAAUUCCUGCCAGCGGAGAAGAAGAUGUUCUUGACCGGAAACAAGAACUCAUGGUACAACUACAAGCCAGCGAAAAAAAUCAACCUUCAUCUACCGCUGCUAGUACAAAAAUGAUCCACGACAUCACUUCUGUCGUCACUCACUACACCAAGCAGCUUUUCCAGACGGAGAUCGAGCGGGAGUUCCAGUCCCGCGUGAAUGUUUACGGCCGAACCUCGGUAACCCCCGGGCAGUAUUUCACGAAGAUUGCGGCGAAGUUGAGCGGAAAAUUGGCGCAAUUUCUGCUGCGGGAUUUGCUCAAAUUUGAUACGACAAUUGAUGAUGGUCAUCCUGUUCAUCUUCCUGGAAAAACAACUACGAGUGCAAUCCGCCCUCCGCUAGAAAAAUUUCUGUUGAGUCACUCUCCUGCAAGUGCAACCUCAAACGCGACCAAGACUCUGUCCAGCACGAUCCAGCGGCACUACCUGAUGCGUGAAUAUAGCCUGCACGAUAUCCGAGAAAAAAACUGUGUAAAGUGUAACUUUGUGUUGCAGACGAUGGAAGAUGACACUAACGCCUGUCAUGCUGGACAUUCAUCAGAGGCUCUCUUCAUAAGUGUUUCCACGUUCUAGCUACGCAUGACAGGUUUUCUGUGUCAUGCAGAGCAAACUUGUCAUGCUAUUCCUUCAAGAUAAAAAGUUACACAGUUUUUUUGUUGCAUACACGAGGAGCUGCUGGCGUUUUUCAACGAUCCGGAAAACAUAUGGAAUGCAAAUAGGUCUGGGUUUGGAAGAGUGCACUUGUUUGUCAUGCACGUUUUGCAUGACCCAUGAUGUCUGUGAUGCAUGCCCUAGCAUCACAGACUUUUUGAGGCCUUCCUGAUGCCUAUACUGCAUGACAAAUGCCCUUUCCGCUUAUAGUACACAGUCUUUCUGCUCUUGCUGGUACUGCCGGAGACCCCAGCUAUCCCUCUGCUCUGUGCUCUUGAUAUCGUCUUUGUCCGUUCUCGUGUUUUGCUUGGUUGGUUCUGACGGAUACGUGCGGUUGCUCAUGGAAUAAAACGGAAUCGACCAGGACAUGCUGCCACUCUAACGGUUUCACAACUCGGGUCCGACCCCCGUUAGAGCUUGACCCUACCCCCCCCCCCGAGAUCCUGCCCAGAGGCAGUGGUUGUAAAGGGGGUACUGUGGUUGAGGGGUAAAAAAGGUCAUGCAAUACGGAUUUUUUCAGAACCCAAAGAUAGCAUCACAAAUGGCAACCUUUCAGAUCCAGACAUGUUUGCAAUGCAUAAAAGAUCGUCCCCGUGCCGUGGAACGGCGCGUAUCAACUCGCCGACGGGUUUUUGUGCGGGAUGAUGUUCGAGAAUGCGGAAGAAUUUCUGUACAAAAACCGGGGCAGCACCGCAAAAACGAAGCACUACGACUACCUAGCGCUGGGCCGGCUCGAUCUUUUGUGGCUGACCCCACACGUCAGGGUGGACGACUUCCGGGUGGUGGCCGAACUGGAGGAUGAAGAGAGCAGAAGCGGCAGCCCGGAGACAGCGAAUCGGAAAAGGAGAACCCCGAGUAACUUCAAACUCCGCACCAGCCUGGGAAGAGACGACCAGGUGCCCGCCCUGCAGUAUCGCGAGAAAAAACUGGUGUAGCUGUAGUUUCACUGGAUUUAUUAUAAACUUGUGACGCAGAGGAUUCCGCACGAAAGGCGGCUGUGGUCUUGCUACAAAUGCAAGAUGGAAGUGGACAUUUUGACCCUUGUAGUUAGCCCCUACUAGGAACAACGACCUCGCGUUGCACAAAAAUCCUAGAAAUACAACAGUGCAACACUUUUUUCCCCCGAUACGCAGGGCUACAGAAGCAGUACUCCACUCUUUAGCGCAAACACUCGUGCUCCUUUUACGACCGCCAGAGAGCAACAACCCUCCUCCACCUCCCCCGCAGAAAAAGACUUUUAUCGCGGGCAAGCGCCGCUGGACGACGAAACACAUCCAAUUACCCGCAUUCUGAAGCAUUUAGAGAGCAGCAGAGAAGUGGUGGAUGCAGAUGAAAAUAAAGAGGAGGACAAUAAAUCCGAUGGUGCAGCAGGAGGACCACGAGAGGCGGCAGUGGUGCCCGCGCGAGGUACAAGUACUGACAGAAAAGAAAAAUUCCUCGCCUUUCUCCUGAAGCAACCGGCCGAACCAAAAUGGCUGUACCGUGCGCGGAGCCUGGCCCGGCUGCUGUCGGAUCUGAUUCUUUACACCAGGAAGCUGCUACAACAGGGUGAAAAUAAUUAUCCUAUGAAAACGCAAAAAGACCAGCUCCCUGAUGCCGAAGCAGUACCUCCUGUAGCACCCGUGACGCUGGCAACCGUGGAGUCCGAUCGCUAUUUGCACGACGUCGUGCAUAUCCCACAGAAAAAAUCUGGCAGGUGAGAUCUGCAAUGCAAAAAUAAAUACACAGAAAAAUCUGUCAUGGGCGAGGCCAUAGCAUGCUGUUUAGGGCAUGCAAUACAGAUUUUUUUGUCUAUUUAUUUUUCCAUAUACAAAUAUGCCCUGCCAGCUUUUUUCUCUGGGAUAGUGCACGGCACGAAAGACCUCACGACUGGCAAGCAAAUGGUAAAAUUGCAGGUGAUUUCGGAAGAACAAACUGGACACGGCGAGAAUAAUUUUGAUUACCCCGGCGCGCAGGAACGGGUAGAUGUUUAUCACGACGCUGACCGUCACCGGAAAAAGCGACUUCUCGUGCGGAAAAUCAAGAUUUACCUCGACCAGGCUUUGAUUCUGAAACAGAUGCUGUUUCUGAAACAGGAAAAGAAGCCCUCGGGCUGCUGGGUCCCCUUUGACCAGGGGGAUGCGAUGGGAUUGACAGAUUGGUACCAAAUCUGCUCGUAUCAACUGUCAAAUUGUCUGGGUCUGGAAGAUUCUGACACUUGUCAUGCACGUUUUGCAUGAGCCCUGAUGUUUGCGAUGCAUGCCCUAGCAUCACAGAUUUUUGAGAGCUUCUUGAUGCCUAUUCCGCAUGACAAAUGCCCUCUCCACGUAGCAAAAGUGACAUUCCCUUUGAUGGUACCUAUGCAAUACAGAUUUUUUUGGAAUCCAGAUGCAGCAUCACAAGUUGCAUUCUUCCAGACCCAGACACUUUUGCACUUGGUAGCUCGCGGGACUACGCCGACAUCCUCACUUUCGACCGGCUGUACAGCUUCCAAGAGCCCCGCUUUCACUUGUUCCUGCAGCUGGCCAUUUACGAAGUUUACAACCUGGAACUCCACCUCCUCAACACCCUGCUGUACUAUCGCGCACCGGUGUACCGCUUUGACUGGGCAACGACACGCGCGUGCGAAUAUCCGCUGCAAAUAUGUCUGGGUCUGGAAACCUGUGAUGCUGAUUUGCUGCUGAUCGCAACGCUUGCCAUGGCAGCCAACAAGCAUGACAAGUUUUUGAAACGCUUUCUGAUGUUUUUGCAUGACAAAAGAAGCGGCUCUUCUGCUGCUCACGCAACACAGAUUUUCCAGGAAUGCAAGACACGCAUGACAAGUUCCACUUUUCCAGACCCAGACAUAUUUGCAUGCCAUAGCGAAGCGGACCGGACCAAGGAAAAGCUGUUCGCGCGCAUGCUCGACCCCUAUCAAAAGGAAAGAUCCCCCCUCCCCAUACCACAAAGGGGCACUACUGAAAAUUUGUGAUGCUGAUUUGUGACCACAAAUCGCCCCUGUGUUGCAAGAGGGCAAAGCCAGAGAAUCAGCCGCGUUUCGCAGGCACUUUGUAAUGCUGUAUCGCCUACAGAGGAUAUGCCUGCCCUGCUAGGUGCCUACGGCAAAACGCCCCUACUCAGGCACUGCAUCUGCCUGCAGUCCUCUACUGCAAGACAGAUCGGAUUUGUGUACGCAAAUCCCGCAUCACAGAUUUCCACUUUGAUAUGGGGGGGGGGGAGAUUUUUCAUUUUGAUAACCCCCCGCUCAGCUUUCCGGACCAGCAGGGGAUCGUGGGGGGUGGAGACGCUGCGGGAGGAGCGGAGGCGGACCAGGAAAAUAAUGAACAAGCAAAUACUUCUUCUACUAAAUUGAGAAUUCUUGCAGAAACUUCCUCUACCGAGCAGGGUUCCUCGGCAGAGGCAGGAGGUCUACAACUUCUUUCCGAAGCUAGUAGAGGUGGUCCUCGUCAGCUCCCCGAGGACACUACGGCUGCAGGUGAGACGAGCACCGGCCAAAGCGAAGUAGACACGACGACGUCGAACGCUUCUACAGCAUCAGCACGACGCGAACAACAAACAAGCGAGGAAAGUACACGGGUGGUCGCGAAGAUGCAACACCCGCAGCAAGACCUGCAGGAGAACCCGUCGAAAAGCAAAUGCAUGUUCAAUAGCGAGCUGAGCAUAUCCUGUGUAAUAAAAUCGUCCCCAUCUCAGGGUCCUCAAGAUGCAUGGGGUCCUUGCUACACAAAUUCGCCUGACCUACCUUCCCUGCGUGAACAGCCAUCUGCGGCUGUUUGCACAGGGGGAGGCAAAGUGUGCUGUCGCGCUUCUGUUUAGCAUGACAACUCUGGUGAUGUGGGGACGUUUUUCACUGGGGUAGAGCAUGUACCUCCGCAAUUCGACAAGCGAACGCAUGCCGGAUUUUGAUCGCGGCUUGUUUCGACGGUGGCGCACCCUGGAAGCGUUGAAAUGGCGGAGGAUGGAGGACGAAGCGCGCCGGGAUGUUUUGUUUGCGCGAGGAUCACAAGAAACCGGCACUUUCUCUAACACGCAACCCCUAGAGCAGCAGAAGUUGCGUGACACCAUCCAACUUUCUCUCACUGCAGCAAUAUUGAGAGGAAAAAUCUUCCCUCCUAAUAUCGAAACUAAGUUUCUGAUGGUGAAUUUGCGUACACAAAUCAGAUUUGUCUUGCAGAAAGUGCGUGGCGGCAUUUCCUGAGCCUGUUUGGGUAUGCAGAAGGCUAGCAAUUGCGCUUGGCAAACAGGUUUGCAGUAGCCGAAAGCGCAUGACAGACUUGCUCUGAAAUGCCUUAAAUGGCUCGUAUGACGCUAUAUGCAAGACAAAGAUGAUUUGUGACCACAAAUCUGCAUCACAAAUCUCCGUUUUGAUAUGGGGAGGGGGGAUUUUUCAUUUUGAUAAGCAACUCCAUUGAUUUCCGGCGCAAGGUACGCGGACGAAAAAGUCGAGGUGGUCAUGGUCAACACGGACAGUCACGAGCUAAUAUCCUGUGCAAAUAAAGCGUUCCCACCCCAGGGUCCUCAAGAUGGGAGUUUUAUUGCAACACGUAAUUUAUUUUUUGAUCAUGAAAAUCUGCAUGACAAGCAACUCUGGGGUGGCGAUAUGAAGAUUUUUACGCAGGAUCACUGGAUGAGCAUGCCACCGAGGAGGGGGAUGGCCCAGCCGGCCGGUCCCCGCGGUCGGCCGAAAGACCGUAUACGCACCAGGAGACACGCGUGCUUCCGGACGAUGUGGUGAUGGGCGAUGAAAUUGAAACUCCAACUUCGACUCUAUCGAAUGAAACUACAACCACAGGGCCUACAACUCCUCGUGCACCACCGCGAGGCGCUGGUGAACAAACAACUGCACAAGAAACAAAACAAGACCGGCUCGACGUGCGCGCGCACCAACAGCGAAAUAACCUAGUAUCAAAUGCAAAAAUGUCUGGGUCUGGAAGAAUGCGCGAUUUGUCAUGCUGCUUUUCCAUGACCCAUGAGGUCUGGAAUGCAGGACCUAGCAUGACAGAUUCUGCGCGAGGAUCUCUCUCAUGCCUAUGCUGCAUGAGAAACUCCCUCCCGACUGGGUGAAAACUGGACGACUUUUGUCAAUCAUGCAGCACAGAUUUUUGCAUGCUUCAGAUUUAGCAUGACAAGUUGCAAUCUUCCAGACCCAGACACUUUUACAUUUGAUACCUAGCGCUGCGCUACAACAGAGCCUGGUUUUCAUCAUCGUCGGUAGCUGCAGCGGGAAUAAUUGCACCAAGAACUGCACCCCCUCCAAGCACCAGGCCUUCUUAUCCUCAGAAAAAACUGUCUCAGUCUCAACUUGUAAUGCGCAACUUCCUUGACACAGUUCUUUGUCAUGCUCGACAUGCAAGAGAGUCGUCUUCCAAAGGUCGUGUUUUCCGUUGUAUAUUUUGACGCAUCACAGGUUUUCCGUGUAAAUUGUAAACUGUAAGUGAUGCUGAGCAAAUUUGUAUUGCUGAGUCUACUGCAAAGGUUUGAGACUGACACAGCUUUUUCUCGCGAUACUGCCGAUGCGAAAAUACAGGACCACCCGAAUCCUCCUCCGCAACGAACCCUGACGAACCACUUCACGCAGAGCAAUUUUUACGUAUCAACUGCGAAUAUGUCUGGGUCUGGAAAGAUGCAACUUGUGAUGCUGGCUUCGGAUUCGAAAAAAAUCUGUGUUGCAUGAGCAGCAAGACGAGUCUAGGUUUUGGUACGCGAAGAGGGUGGAGCUUCUCAUGCGGAAUAGGCAUCAAAAAGGACUCAGAAAAUCUGUGAUGCUAGGACAAACAUCAGCGACAUUAUGCGCCAUGUAUUAAAUGUGCAUGGAUGACAAACGCUGCAUUUUUCCAGACCCAGACAUUUUUGCAUUUGAUAUUACGGGAAUUCUUACAACGACCUCUAUCACCAGUGCGCCGUCGCGGAUGUCAACGCGUGGCGGGUUACGCAUUGCAAAAGUGUCGUACUUGUACCAAUUGCGGAUACGCAUGACAAAUCUGCCUCCCAAGGUGAGUCAGCUUCAGCAUGACAAACUUCAUUUCUCAUUUUGAGAGAAUUUGUAAUGCAAUUUGUACUUAGCACGAUGCUUUUGUAAAAAUGCAUACGAGUGCAAAGGCAACAGAACGAGCAGGACGUUCUGAUCCACCCCACGUGCCGCGGACGGUACCGCGAACUUCUCCUCGCUCUGAUAUCCCAAGGAAAAGCGUCUCCACCCCAAAGUUGCCAUGCAGAUUUGCAAUUACAGGACCAUUUGUAAUGCGCAUCCAUAUGCUGAGGGGCAUUUCCAAUCGACCGUGUUCUAGCAUUUGUAAUUAUGCUGUCAUCAGGAUCAGGAGAAGUAGAUGUUUUUGUGAUGCAGCUGUCCUUGAGAAACUGCCGUACAACACAGAGAGGAACUUGUCAUGCGUGACCCCCAAAACUUCUGAAUUUGUGUAAACCAAAUGAUCCCCAUCUUCACUGUGGGGUGGGAAUGUUUUUCCACAGGAUAUCUGAUCAGCCGCAGUUUGCAGUGCCGCGACGGGCUGCAGCGGUACUCCAUCGCGACUUCUAGUGCGGACACUGCAUCAUUCCUCAAGAACCCUCGGGAAAGUGAUAGUACGGGAAAAGACGACGGUGUCAAGCAAACCCCCGCGGUUGUGAAUGAACAAGCAGAAGUGCCGGGGUCUGCCGCAGCGCCCGUUGUCUCUGCUCGCACUGCGGAGAAAACCUUUUUCCCACACCAAAAACCCGACGUGACAAACACCUACGCUGCAGAAAAGUACACGCGUAUCAUGUAAUUUUCAGCAUUGAUUUUCGGCAUUAAUGCCGUGCCGCCUGUGAAGUGAUGUCGCAUGACAAAAAAGCAUCUGCCUAGAUAGAAGUUGUCUCUUGUGCAUCUUUAGGUUUGUAGUGCCGCGCUUUUUUUCUGGUAUGGAUGAUGUACUUUUCCCUACCAUAGGUUUUUCAUGACUAAAAAUUCCUUCGUCCGAGCAUCCGCGAGCAACUACAACCUGACGCCUUUAUUCUAAGGAAAAACGUCCUCACCCCAGACUUGUCAUGCAAAUCUGCAUGCCACAAAAGUUUCUCACGUGGAACCCCGUGAGAAGCAUUUUCUAGGCGUGUUUUGGAAUUUGUGAUGCUAGAACCAGCCUGAUAUAAGAGAUCUGUGAUGCUUCUGAACUAGCCAAACAGGAUGACACUGCGAGGGAAAACUUGUCAUGCGAAACAAGCAAACACAAAGCUGGUUAAUUAGUCUAGCAGAUUCCCCAUCUUGACUCCGGUGUGGGGACGUUUUUCUUCAGGAUAGCCUUUGGAAGCGAACCUGUUCUACAACUACGCAUUGCAAAUCUAACCGAUCAAAAUCUAGAAAUCUGUAUUGCAAGAGCGCACAAGAAACUCCAUUUUUGUCGUGUCACACUGUUGAUCUGACGAGAAGAUUGUGCCCAAGGAGCUUUAGCAUCUUCGAGAUCGAGGGCCAACUUGUGUUGCAUGAGGAUGAGCACUCACGCAUCCAAGUGGACCAAGCUGCAUGAAAAAAUGAUUGCUCUGUGAACGUGGUUCCACGCCACUUCCUAGAAGUAGAUCUACUUCCAUUUGCAAUGGAUGCCAACGCGUGCGAUCUGAUUCCAUUGCCUGACCUGAACCUUUUCGCGGGCAUAUCAAAUGCAAAAAUGUCUGGGUCUGGAAGGUUGGAAUUUGUGAUGCUAGCUUUGGACUCUCAAAAAAUCUGUAUUGCAUGACCAGCAAGAGGCGUCUAGUUUGUGCUACGCGGGGAGGGCGUUUGUCAUGCGGAGUAGGCAUCAGGAAGGGUUCUAAAAGUCUGUUAUGGUAGGGCAUGCAUCACACACAAUCCUGAGUCAUGCAAAACAUGCAUGACAAGGCUCAGAAUCUUCCAGACCUAGACAUUCUUGCAUUUGAUAGGGCAAGCGGUACGACAACGUGUGCUUCAUUUUCAGCUUCACCAGGCUCAGCUGCGAUGAGCAUUUUUUUAGGCACUAUAAAAGCAAGUCCUCGCGCUCGAGGAAUUAAAAAGUGGAAGUGUGCAAGUCGCAUAUUUUAGACUUUUGCAAAGUGGAAAUGACAGUCUGUAAACCUGACGCUUUCUAGCUGCACCACGCAGUUUGCUCGUCGUCUUUUUUCCAUGCAAUGUUGCAUGCAAAUACAACCACCACCAGCGCUUUGCUUUUACCGUGCAUAAUUCUCCGGUCGGUCCCAAGUUAUGAGGAAGAGCAGGAAGAAAUAAAUGAAAGGGAAAACGAGAAAAUCAGCCAAAAUGUUGACAAAGGCGAGAUGGACAAAAAUGAACAAAUAACAACGCAUUCUGCAAACCGGUUGCUGCACGAGAAGAAAAAAU